AUGACGAAUUAUGUCAACGAUUUCCCAGAAGGCUUCUUCUUUAUUCGAUGCAAAGCAAAGCCAAUGGCACUCGAUGUCUACGGAGGUGGUAUGCUGAACGACUUUAAUAUCAUCAUUUGGCCCCAGAAAAUGGUCGAUAGUAUCAAUCAGCUUUGGAUGCAUGAAGAUGGCUUUUUGAUUAAUCGAAAAUCGGGUCUUGUACUGGACAUUCGUGGAGGCGAUAUUAAGCGUGACAAGGCCAUCAUCCAAUACGCACGUAAACCUGGACUUGCUCACAACCAACGAUGGAAAUACCAAGAUGGAUUCAUUUCUUCGGCAGCUUCUCCUCAUCUCGUGCUUGAUAUUCGUGGUGGAGACCAUAAAGAAGCAGCUCAAGUGUUUUUGAAUCACAAGGAUGCCACUAGCCCAACACAACAAUGGUUGAUUCAACCCUUUGAAGACGCAAAAUCCAAAGAAGAUCUGGCAUUGCUUCGACCACCACCAUUGCAGAAACAUCUGACCGAUUUUCCUCAGCCUGAGGAUUUGUGCGACUACCAUCGUUUGGUGUACCAUGAUCACAAGCCGAGCCCAUCUCCCAAACAAGUGGCAGGCGCAGCUGCUUUUGAGGCUAUGCGGAUCUAUCUUGCAACCCAAAAGGAAAAGGAUGAACCCGUCGUGACACCUCAAGCAAGAGACACAUUACAAACUUUGGUCAGGGAACAGAUUGCGGCAUUACAAGAUUUGAUUAGCGCCCAAGACAGAGGAGAAGUAUUACACACAGCCGAACAAGCUGCUUCUGGUUAUUUUGCUCGCGAAUUCGAAGGACAAUAA